CCCCUAAGAAAAUAAAUAACAGAGGACCAAAGAAGACGCGGUCUGGUCGAUUGACUUUCACCGUCUUCUUCUUCUUCUUCUUCUUCUUCUUCUUCUUCAUCACCUCCGCCUCGCCAAUCUCUCUCUCUCUCCCCCUGAAAGAUCCAACCUUUGGAUCCAGUCUGCUGGGAGCAGAUCGUCAGAAAACAAAAUUUUAAAAAAAGAUGAGCAAAAAAGAAGAAGAAGAAGAGACGAGCAGAGGGGUCUCCAGCAACACCCAGUGGCAGUAUCCCCCCCAACCCCAAUACGGUACCUUUCAGGGCGUCGCCAACUACCCUCCCCCUCAUCCGCCCCCGCCCCCGCCCCCGCCCCCGCCUGUUAUUGGAUUCCCCCAGCCUAUUCCUCCACCGGGCGUCAAUCCCUCCGCCCCUCCUCCUCCUCUUACCCCCGGUUACUUCCCUGACGGCUAUCAGACUGUUCCAGGUUAUGCUAUUGCUGAAGGAAGGCCCGUUAGAGAACCGCGCCUCCCUUGCUGUGGAAUUGGUGUUGGCUGGUUCCUGUUUAUCGUUGGCUUCUUUCUGGGCGCCAUCCCCUGGUACAUUGGGUUAUUGAUUCUACUUUGUGGCAGAAUAGAUUACCGCGAGAAACCCGGAUAUAUUGCUUGUACAGUUGCUGCCAUCCUUGCCACCGUUGCCAUUCUUCUUGGAGUGACGAAAGGGGAUGAUGAUUGGUAUGAUUGGUAACUUUGCAAUGAAGGGCGACUUCCUUUUGGUCCGACUGUAGAGCCAAAAGCAUGCACAUGCCCUAGUAGUUACUCCUGAAUAUGUUCAAAUGAGUGUGAAAACAAGUGCAGGCUCCUCAUAUCUUCAAACAUGUACUUUCUUUUCUCUGAUUGCUGCGAACAAGAAAAUCUAUCUAGCUACUGUACUUAAAAUUGCUGUAAAGAUAUUUAUCUAAAAAAUAAAUAAAUAAAUUGAUGUAUAGAUGUUUGUUUC